AGUGCAAAGCGCAUUCGAAAAAAAUCCACCCAACAAACAAACUCAGCGAAGCACUGUAGACGGGAAACGCGGAAAAAUCAAGCGCUGUUUCGUUGGUCGUUCCGAUUACCCGAUCGUGGUUUUAUUGCUGAAGUUGCGGUUUUUGCGAGCGAAGGACCUCAGGGCCCCCGUAUUUAAACUAAUUUUUUUUGCAAUGCAAUUAACGCGAAACAAAUAACACGACAAAGCAAACAACAAUUCAAGUGCAAAAUAUAAAUUAAUUUGAAAACACAAAGAAAUGAAUGUAUAGAAAAGGCUAAAGAAAAAACAACAAACCAAGAUAAAGAAUCUUUCUUCUGUCUUGUCCAGUGAAAACAACAAAAACAACAAGCAGCAGCAUCAACAAUAUCAAGCAGAGCAGCAAGCGAUAAAUAAAUCCAAGUUCAAAAUCUAUCCUGAAUUCAACAAUAGUAGGAAAAAUUACUAAAAUGUCUGCGACUAUAGUACAGAAAUCUACGACAGUUGGAAAUUCGCAUUAUUUCGAGUGCGGCGACAUAUUCCAAACGGUGGCCAGCGAUCGUGAUCGCGAACAUCUCCAGCAGCAACAGCAGCAGCAAGUGGAGCUUGUCCUGGACAGGAGCAACAUGGAGCAGCAGCACCAGCAGCAGCAUCGCCUGCAUGGCGCCCUCACACGCACCAUUUCACAGCCGGCCCAGCGCCAGCAACAGCAGCAGCUGAUGCAGCAGCAACAGCCAGUGUCCAAUCUGGUGACCAUCAUCGAGAAUCUGGGCAACAUGAACCUGCACCGCAAGCUAGAGCGCACACAGUCGGAGCCACUGCCGCAGCAGCCCAUGAAUACAUCCAGAUACAAGACGGAGCUAUGCCGCCCCUUUGAGGAGGCCGGCGAGUGCAAGUACGGGGAGAAGUGCCAGUUUGCUCAUGGCUACCAUGAGCUGCGCAAUCUGCAGCGUCAUCCCAAGUACAAGACCGAGUACUGUCGCACCUUUCACAGUGUGGGCUUCUGCCCCUAUGGGCCACGUUGCCAUUUUGUUCACAAUGCGGACGAGGCAAGGGCCCAGCAGGCAGCCCAGGCAGCCAAGUCGUCGUCGUCGUCGUCGUCAUCGUCGUCGUCCUCGUCCUCGUCCCAGUCGCAGCAGCAGCAACAGUCACAGUCACAGUCGCAGUCGCAGAUUUUCUCCUCAAAGAACAGUCAGAGCCAAGGUAACAGCAACAUCAGUAGCAACAGCAGCAGCAGCAACAACAGCAGCAGCAGUCAGUUCUUCCUGCCGCUAAGCCCACCGCUAAGCAUGAGCACCGGCUCUGAUAGGGAAUCACCCACUGGAUCUCUGUCGAUGAGCCCCGCCAAUUCGCUGACCAGCUUCCCCUUCCACGAGGCCAUGUCGCUGCAGCAUCAUCGCAUGGCUCUGGCCCACGGCAAUGGUGGUGGGGCUAGCAAUAGUUCCGCCUCAUCCACAUCCUCGGCCUCGGGUCUGGGUCUGGGCAUGGUCAUGGGUCUGGGACAAAGCUUGGGACAAGCCACGCCCCCAGAGUCACCUAAUGUGCCCAUUUCGCCAGUGCAUACACCGCCGCCAUACGAUGUGGAGGCCACCAACAACGGCAAGCAGUUGCUCCAGAAGAGCGUCAGCACACCGAUGCAGCAGGAGGAGUCACAGACGCAGCCCAGGCUGCCGGUCUUUAAUCGAUUGAGCUCGGCGGUGGAGGUAUUCCAGCAUCAGUCCAAUUUGGGGCUUUAAAGGAGCAACGAGAAGAACUCAAACAUCCUUUUCCUUCCACAAAAACCCGCAUCCCUCCAUUGAGAAAAGAAAAGAAAAGCAAACCCACAAAGUUAGCAGCAUCCUUUGACAACAACAAAAUCUCAGCAAGAACGACAACAACGACAAUGGACAACAACAACAACAACUGAUGGGAAAUGUAAGCAAAAACCCCAAAACUGGAACCCUGGAAGGCUGGAACUCUUGGCUUUUAUGUAAAUUCAUCCAACGGAAGCUGGUAACUCCAUAUAAGUGUUUUUAAGCCGAUUUUUCUCAAGCUGUGACAGUUUAUAGCCGUCUAUCGUUAUUUAUUUAAAUGAAAGGACAACAACUGGGACGGAAAACAAGACGAGAAACGAACGGAAACGGAACUGAAACGGAAACAGAAACUGAAACAGAACUAUUACAGAAACUGAAACGGAAACAGAACUGAAACAAACAGAAACUGAAACGGAAACAGAACUGAAACAAACAGUAACUGAAACGGAAACAGAAACUGAUCUAAAACAGAAACGGAAACAGACACAUAAAUAGACGCAACAAAAGGACGAACGGAGAUUAGAUAGAUGUUAGAUACGUAAAUGACAAAAACAAAACAAAACAAAAACAAUCCAUAUGCAAACGAUGAUCUUAAACUAUAUAUGUUAAAAAACAAACAAAAAAACAACAACAACAAACCCUUAAGCGAUAAACGUAGCAUUCUAAAACGGAACGAAGACAAAAACUAGUUGGAAAUCCUUAGAGAAAAUGAUUUUAAAGCAAUGAUAUAAUAACGUUUUGCUCAAAAAUUUAUAAAAACUUGAAAAAAAAAACACUCAAUCGUUCCUGCAUUUAUAAAGGUAUCAGAGAAGCCCUUGUUCAAUUUUUAACGAUAUAUACACAUAUAUAUUUAUAAAGAUAUAUAUAUAUGUGAUUUUGGAUUAGAGAUUAGAGAGAAUGUGUCUUCCAAGUCAAAGUUUUAAAUCAAUUCAUUUGGACGGGCAGAGACCAAGGAAAAUCCUUUUAAUUUAUUUACAUUUUUUUUUUGCGCUAAAUUUUAUGUAAUAGAGAGAGAGAGAGAGAGAGAGAGUUGCUGUACAUAUAUUCUUGUAUAAAUUAUAUAUAUAUAUAUUUAAACCAUUUACCAAUUACAAUUGCAAUGAUCUUGGAUGAAUAUUAUAUGAUUAUUGAUGAUAUACCUCAGCCACAAAUCACAACAACAAUAACUAAACGAAACGACGAAAAAAAAGGAGACAAAAUAACUAAACAAGACAAAAGCAAAGGAGUAAACGAAGAGAAGGUUAAUUGAAUUUGAUGAAUUAUAAUUUUUGUUUGCAUUUCAAGAAGAAAAUCGAAUCAAGAAACGCCGAUUCGACUCAACAUAAUUUAUUUUUCCC